GUAACAAUCUCUGUUGUGUCCAACAGGCACAUUGAUGGCAAUCACAAACUAAUCCAGCCAUACCGAAUUGUCAUUCAUGGUGGUUUAGAUGGUUUUUCAAGAAUGAUAGUAUUCCUUCAUGCAUCAAGCAAUAACAGGGCUUCAACUGUACUGCAGUAUUUCUAGUCAGCUGUUGAGCAAUACAAUUUACCAUCAAGAGUUCGCAGUGAUCUUUGGAUGGAAAACAUAGAAGUUGCUCGCUUCAUGCUGCAAGAAAGAGGUUUAAAUAGAGGCAGCCACAUCACUGGAAAAUCUGUUCAUAACCAAAGAAUAGAGCGACUCUGGUGUGAUGUCAACCGGGUUAUUGUGAGCCGCUUUUUGAACAUUUUCCUCUUCCUUGAGCAGAGUGGAAUUUUAGAUCCAACAGACGAGGUGCAUCUGUUUUGUCUUCAUCUUGUCUACAUUCCACUGAUUAAUAAUGCAAUCAACCAAUUUAUCGGUCAGUGGAAUAAUCAUCCUGUAAGCACACAAUGCAAUUUCUCUCCCAAUCAGCUCUGGAUACAAGGAAUGUUAAAUUCCAGAAAUUCUGGAUAUCAGGUUGUGACAGAUGUGACUGCCAGAGAGGCUGUUAAUUUUGACCAUUAAAGGGAUCGAUGAGAAGGGCCUGUACCUGAUGUGCAGAGUGACUAUGCAGUUUCGGUACCUGACACAAUUACUACUCUGACACAUAACCAGGAAUUGUCACUGCAAGACGCUAGAGAUGCAGUCUUCCAAACUGGUGAUCAUGAUGGAAUCAUAGCCUACCAAGUG